AUGGAUAACUUGUUGCUGGUACAAUCCGAAGAAGACAUUCAGCGAAUGGAAUCGGCGGCGUUGACUGAUUGGCAACAACGAUCAGUGCUGGCUAGGCUGACGAACGCGUUGGGCAGCUGUGUCGCUGCGAACACUGAUCUCCUCUGCUACGUCCUUGCCGUACUUGCACACGCUAGUGGAGGAGGCCUUAUCACCCUUCCUUUGCCGUUGAUGGUAUUCUUAUGGGGAACUCUGUCGAAUCCACGACCAAGCAAGUUUUUCUGGGUAGCAAUGAUAGCGUACACGGAGUUUGUGGUGAGUAUAUAUUAUUCGCUAUAG